GCAGUGCGCCACGAACGGUUAUUUGCUAGCAGAUCGUUGUCUGGAACGGUUUGCAAGUUAAAGUACGUGUUUUUUGUAACUAGUUUUCCAGCAACCUCCCGCGGCGGCUGGCGAUCAGUUCCAAGUGGGCAACAGUGCGUGUGAAAACACUUUAGUUCGGUUUGUGUGGCUUGGUGAAAGAGAAAGUGAAACCGAUCGUAGGUCGCGUAACGUGUCGGUGUGUGAAAGAGAAAAGAACGAACAGGAUCAUCGAUCAGUGAAAGUGCAGUUUUAAGGAUAUCAUAGUUACUAGUCUACUAGUUCAGUUUUCCAACAGUUACUAGUCUACGUUUUGACAGGAUGAAAAAUAUGCUAGCUUUGCUUCCCCUGGCGGGACUCAUUACCCUAGCGACAGCCCAGUACGGUCCGGCCCCACCGAGACUGAACAUCCCCGGAGCCAUCCCACUGCCACCGAUCCGCGAGGAACGCCUUCUGCCGCAGCAGUCACCGCAAGUAAUACGCGUGCGACGUCCGGGUGCGGUGCGCAUCGCCGCCCCGAACGCCAUCCACCACCACCAACUACCGUCCGCUUCUCCUAAAUUUCACGAUCUGAGCACGAUCGAGCAUAAGCCCGUCACCGAGGAACCGGAGGACGACUUCCGGCCCGCCUUCAUCCCGCAGCUCCAACCCCACCACCAUCCCUCGCCGGCGGUCCUUCCGUCCCCGGCACCGGCUCCACCGUCCCCAGCCGCCUCCCCAGCCCUGCAGUAUCCGAUCCCCGCGGACGAGCAGUCGAGCGAGCGCGACCGCGAACUACAGCAAAAUGUUCUCUCUCGCUUCAAUGCACAGGAAAACCGGCCAGCACCAAUACCUCGCGCCCAGAUCCCGGAGCGUUUCUUCUCCACCGACAAGGAACCGCAGCGUUUCCCAGUCGAACGUCCCCAGCCACAGCCCGCCCCGAAGCAGUACCGAUCAGCGCCACAGCAGCUUGCCCGUCCGGCACCGAUUGCCGCACCGCAGCAGCAGCAGCAGCAGCAGUCCUUCCGCCAGCAGCAACACUUCCAGGACGAGGAUCGACGACCAGCCCCGCAGCAACCGGCCCGCCAGCAUUCGCAGCAGGACCAGGACCGCAAGCGGAAACCGGUAGCGCAGAUUUUGCGCAAGUGGCGCGAAGAGCACGAGGACGGUUCGAUUACGUGGGGCUUUGAGAAUGAUGAUGGUUCGUUCAAGGAGGAAACGAUCGGCAUCGAUUGCGUCACCCGCGGUCGCUAUGGUUACGUCGAUCCCGACGGUGAGAAGCGCGAAUACAAUUACGAAACUGGCAUCCAGUGCGAUCCUAACCAGCGGGACGAAGAUGACGAGGACAACCUGGAGGUGGAUUAUCAGGAAAACAAGGCCGUCCUACCGAACGGGCAACGGCUCGAUCUGAACAAUAUGGGCAAAAAGCAGUCCAAGCGACCAGGCGGACAGCAGCCACAGUACUAUCGUAACUAGGUGUUGUAAGCGAUCAUUCACCACCACCUCAUCAAUCGCUUUCUUUUACAAUAAUUACAAACGAGCUGAAUAAUAAAGGCGGGAAAAAAAUCGAAUGUAGGAAAGAUUGUAUUUAUUGCAAGUACGCGCGCGCUUAUCACUUUGAAGUGAUAAUUUCUUACAUUUCUUACAGUUUGGUUUUAAGUUUUAAUUAAUGAAAAAAAAAACACACGCAGCAGACACACUCAAAUCUAAAGAUGAAACAAGAAAUAAAGUUUUCCAUUACGGUAUUUUGAUGUGUGUGUGAAGGGAAAUGAAAUACUUAAAAUCUAAAACUG